ACAACCCAUCCCUCUGUUUCAUAUAAACCUCUCUCUCUCUCUCUCUCUCUCUCUUCAGCCUUCUCACUCCACUCUCUCUCCGCUGAAAUUUUCCGGUUCAGCUGUUGAGAAUGAGUUCCAAGAUCUGCAGAUCUGCUUCCAGAGCCUCCAGGUCCAUCCUCGCUGCUUCCAGGAGCUCUCGCUCUUAUUCCAAUGGAGGAAGAGCCGUGGCUUCCGCAGCAGCAGUAUCGCUGAGAGAAAGGUUGCCUUCUUUAGCUUCAGUUUAUGAGAAUGCCGGUUCUGGAUACGCAUCUAGAGGAUGGAUUUCUGGACUGUUUGCUCUCCCUGCAGCAGCUUACAUGCUCCAGGAGCAGGAAGCCCAUGCUGCAGAGUUCGAGCGCACGUUUAUAGCCAUAAAGCCUGAUGGUGUGCAGAGAGGGCUGAUUGCAGAAAUCAUAUCUCGUUUUGAGAGGAAAGGGUUUAAACUGGUAGGCAUUAAAGUUAUUGUUCCUUCAAAGGAGUUUGCCCAGAAGCAUUAUCAUGAUCUGAAAGAAAGACCCUUCUUUAAUGGCCUCUGUGACUUCCUUAGCUCUGGCCCCGUUAUUGCAAUGGUUUGGGAAGGAGAGGGAGUGAUCAGAUAUGGCCGAAAGCUUAUUGGAGCAACGGAUCCACAGAAAUCUGAGCCUGGAACCAUUAGAGGGGAUCUAGCUGUCGUAGUUGGCAGGAACAUCAUCCAUGGAAGCGAUGGACCAGAGACUGCCAAAGAUGAGAUCAAGUUGUGGUUCAAACCAGAGGAAUUGGUUAGUUACACAAGCAAUGCAGAGAAAUGGAUUUACGGAGAUGACUGAUGAGUUUUCCUUUCCCUUUUGUUUUUUUUUCCCCUUUUUCUUUCUGGAUUUUACUCGAGCUAGGCAGCAGUACCCGUGAAGAGCAGCGGGUAUUUUCAUAAUUAUGCGAAUAAAAUAUGUGCUGAGCCGAGGCCGUGGCCCAUUGAUGUGCUACAAGCAAACAAUUUUUGAGAGUAUUUACUACAAACACACGAACAGUUGGUAGAACUUAGUUACUGAAAUAAGCAAUUUUCUAAUUCUUCAUUAUUAGAACCUUAUCAUUCAA